AUGAAACGACCUGGGUAUGGACGGUCGGAUGGAAAACUGAUCUGUGCUGGAGUGCGUCUCAACCUGCAGUUUCAGCAGUGCCUGAAAGCCGUCCCUCCAAGCAAACGCAACCUCCCUGGGAGCACACUGAUGACCGCACAGCCCGGGGGCCACUCCAGCGCCUCACUUCCUCAGCACGGCCUCUUCCGUCUUCGUCCCGCCCUGAGCCGGUGCUCAGAGCGUAGGCUUCGGCCGCGCCGGGGUUCACGGCCCCAAAACAAGGCCGACAGCUUGUCGCCCGUCGUGACCCCGCGAGGCUCCGGGGCCGCCAGCGGAAGUGACGGCACGCGUCGUCGGCUCGGCCCGCCUCUUCCGGUCGGCGGCGCCCCGCCCCGCGGCCGCCCCUCCCCCGCCGCCGCUCUGUCAGCUUCUCCGUCUCCUUCCUCUUCCUCCCGCUCGGCUCGGCCCGGAGCGCACGCACCUGCCCGCUCGGCGCUGCCCGCGCCCGGCCCUCCUCUCCUCCUCCCGCCGCCCGAGGCCGGCCGGCCGCACAGCCUCGCGGCUGCGUCACCGAGGCCCGACAAGAUGGACACCGCCGAGGAAGACAUAUGUCGAGUGUGUCGAUCAGAAGGGACCCCCGAGAAGCCUCUAUAUCACCCGUGUGUGUGUACCGGCAGUAUUAAGUUCAUCCACCAAGAGUGUUUAGUUCAGUGGCUGAAACACAGUCGAAAAGAAUACUGUGAAUUAUGCAAACAUAGAUUUGCUUUCACACCAAUUUAUUCCCCAGAUAUGCCUUCACGGCUCCCCAUCCAGGACAUCUUUGCUGGACUGGUGACGAGUAUCGGCACCGCCAUUCGGUACUGGUUCCACUACACACUUGUGGCCUUCGCCUGGUUGGGAGUCGUCCCUCUCACCGCCUGUCGCAUCUACAAGUGCUUGUUUACUGGCUCUGUGAGCUCUCUGCUGACCCUGCCAUUGGACAUGCUGUCCACGGAGAACUUGCUGGCCGACUGUCUGCAGGGCUGCUUCGUGGUCACCUGCACACUGUGCGCCUUCAUCAGCCUGGUGUGGCUGCGUGAGCAGAUUGUCCAUGGAGGGGCUCCCAUCUGGCUGGAGCACGCCGCCCCAGUCUUCAAUGCUGCAGGGCCCCACCCACAUGAGGUGCCUGCAGGAGGGAAUGGAGCUGAGAACGCUGCCCCGGACCAGCCUGCCAACCCACCGGCUGAGAACGCGGUGGUGGGUGAGAACCCGGAGGCUCAGGAUGACCAGGUAGAGGAGGAGGAGGACAACGAAGAGGACGACGCCGGCGUGGAGGACGCCGCCGAUGCCAACAACGGGGCCCCGGACGACAUGAACUGGAACGCCCUGGAGUGGGACCGGGCUGCCGAGGAGCUCACGUGGGAGAGGAUGCUGGGACUCGAUGGCUCACUGGUCUUCCUCGAGCAUGUCUUCUGGGUGGUGUCUCUGAACACGCUGUUCAUUCUGGUCUUUGCCUUUUGUCCUUACCACAUUGGCCAUUUCUCCCUCGUCAUGUUGGGGUUCGAAGAACACGUCCAGGCGUCUCAUUUUGAAGGGCUGAUCACCACCAUAGUUGGCUACAUACUCUUAGCAAUAACGCUGAUCAUCUGCCAUGCUUUGGCAACUCUCGUGAAGUUUCACCGCUCCCGUCGCUUACUGGGGGUCUGCUACAUUGUGGUGAAGGUCUCCUUGCUGGUGGUGGUGGAGAUCGGCGUAUUUCCACUCAUCUGUGGCUGGUGGCUGGACAUCUGCUCCCUGGAAAUGUUUGAUGCCACCCUGAAGGACCGGGAGCUGAGCUUUCAGUCGGCACCGGGCACCACCAUGUUCCUGCACUGGCUGGUGGGGAUGGUCUAUGUGUUCUAUUUUGCCUCAUUCAUCCUGUUACUGAGGGAGGUCCUACGGCCCGGUGUCCUGUGGUUCCUAAGGAACCUGAAUGAUCCCGAUUUCAACCCCGUUCAGGAAAUGAUCCACCUGCCCAUUUAUAGGCACCUCCGAAGAUUCAUUCUGUCAGUGAUUGUCUUCGGCUCCAUUGUCCUCCUGAUGCUCUGGCUGCCCAUCCGGAUCAUCAAGAGUCUGCUGCCCAGCUUCCUGCCCUACAACGUCAUGCUGUACAGUGACGCCCCUGUCAGCGAGCUGUCACUGGAGUUGCUGUUGCUGCAGGUGAUCCUGCCCGCACUGCUGGAGCAAGGCCACACGCGCCAGUGGCUGAAGGGACUGGUGCGGGCCUGGACGGUGGCCGCCGGGCACUCGCUGGACCUGCACUCUUACCUGCUGGGAGACCAGGAGGAGAGUGAGAACAGUGCCAACCAGCAGGUGAACAACAACCAGCCGGCUCGCAACAACGCCCUCCCGGUGGUGGGGGAGGGUCUGCACGCCGCCCACCAGGCCAUCCUGCAGCAGGGAGGCCCUGUUGGCUUCCAGCCCUACCGCCGGCCGCUCAACUUCCCACUCAGGAUAUCCCUGUUGAUUGUAUUCAUGUGCAUCACCUUGCUGACCGCCAGCCUCAUCUGCCUUACUCUACCAGUGUUUGCUGGCCGGUGGCUGAUGUCAUUCUGGACGGGGACUGCCAAGAUUCACGAGCUCUACACGGCCGCCUGUGGCCUCUACGUCUGCUGGCUGACCAUCCGGGCGGUGACAGUGCUGGUGGCAUGGACGCCGCAGGGGCGCAGAGUGAUCUUCCAGAAGGUCAAAGAGUGGUCUCUCAUGAUCAUGAAGACGCUGGUGGUCGCGGUGCUACUGGCGGGUGUUGUCCCCCUCCUCCUGGGGCUCCUGUUCGAGCUGGUCAUCGUUGCUCCCCUGAGGGUUCCUUUAGACCAGACCCCUCUUUUUUACCCAUGGCAGGACUGGGCCCUGGGAGUCCUGCAUGCCAAGAUCAUCGCAGCCAUCACCCUGAUGGGCCCGCAGUGGUGGCUGAAAACAGUCAUUGAGCAGGUGUAUGCCAACGGCAUCCGAAACAUCGACCUACAUUACAUCAUCCGGAAGCUGGCGGCCCCUGUCAUCACUGUGCUCCUGCUCUCCCUGUGUGUGCCCUACGUCAUCGCGGCAGGCGUGGUUCCAUUGCUAGGUGUCACUGAGGAGCUGGAAAACCUGGUGCGGCGGCGCAUCUACCCGUUCCUGCUGAUGGUCGCUGUGCUCAUGGGCAUCCUGUCCUUCCAGGUCCGCCAGUUCAAGCGCCUCUACGAGCACAUCAAGAAUGACAAGUAUCUCGUGGGGCAGCGCCUAGUGAACUACGAGCGGAAGUCGGGCAAGGCAGGCGCCGGGCCGCCCCCAGCAGCCUCCCAGGAAUAG